AUGGCAGAGGCUGGUCCUUUUGUCGUCACCGUCGCCCAAGCAGUGGUGCUAGCCCGCUGCCCGCUGUACCGCCACGAGGUCCCACAUGUCCCUCUGCACAUGCUACCCAACCGGCCACUGCGCCGAGCCCAAGCAAAUUCUGCGACACGACAGGACAGCCAGCAUGCCACUCACGCCUACGCAGUACUGUACGCUACCCUACCCUACGCUACCCUCCCUUACCCUGCCCUAUACACUAACUACUCUGCUGCAUCCGCCGCGAAACAAAUCGACGUGGCCACUCCUCGCCGCCCAUGCUGCAGCCAUGCCGCGCUAUCAGGACCCUCUUCCUCCACGUUCCUCUUCCCCCCCCCCAUAACCCCCAUAACCCCGAUCCACGCGCCCUUCCUUCACACGCGCGCCUCGCCUCUGCAUCCGUCCGUGGCAGCACAUGCACCCCUGCCCGCAAGCUCCCGUCGCCUUCGCCUUCACCAUUGCCAUACUCUGCUAGCCCCCUGCCUGUCGUGCCGGGGGCCCUCUCGCAGAUCGCCAGUGACCGUUACGCCCAGGCCCUUCAUACCUGCUGUUUCCAUCCUUGGGCCUUUGAAGAAGCCGUCCUCCAAAGCCAGGAUUGCAUGCGUCAGCCUCCAGAAUCAUGCCACUGCACCCGGAGCCCGUAGUCCUAUUCGCUGCCAGUCCCGUGCUUCUGCCCCUCUUGGCAUUUCUCCAUCCACUCUGUCCCGUCCACAAACAUUCACUCGUCCCUGCUUUCUUGAUCGACAUCCCAGUGCCCACUCCUCACGCCCAUCCGGCGCCGACGAGAUCCAGUAUCCGUGCCAUCCUGAGGUGACACGACCGAAGGCUAAACCUGCUUCUAUUAAUCCAGCAUUAGUCUCGCGGCCAACACCAACAUGGGUCGUGGCCAGACCGAGCUGCUGA